GGUCGGCGGCGCGGAUUGAAUGAGCCCGCCGAGCCCCGGCCGCCGUGGGGAACCGCGCGGGCCCCGAGGAGCCGCCGACGCCGCCGCUGCCGCCGCCAUGGCCACGGCCACGCCGCUGUCCGGCCGCAAGGGCGGGCCCGCCACGCCGCUGUCGCCCACGCGCCUGUCGAGGCUGCAGGAGAAGGAGGAGCUGCGCGAGCUCAAUGACCGCUUGAGCAAAAUCGACAGCGUCCGCGCGCUGGAGCUGGAUAAGAGAAGUGGGGCUUAGAUCUCCGAGCGGGAGGAGGUGGCCACGCCCGAGGUAAGCGGCAUUAAGACGCUGUACGAAUCGGAGCUGGCCGAUGCUCGCCGAGUGCUGGAUGAGACAGCCCGGGAGCGGGCCCGGCUGCAGAUCGAAAUAGGGAAACUGAGGUCUGAGGUGGAAGAGGCCAACAAAAGCUCCAAGAAGAGGGAUGGUGAGCUCACGGUGGCCCAGGGCCGCGUGAAGGAACUGGAGUCCCUAUUCCACCGGAGUGAGGCGGAGCUGGCCGCUGCCCUCAGUGAUAAGCACAGCCUCGAGAGUGACGUGGCCGAGCUUCGGGCCCAGCUGGCCAAGGCAGAGGACGGUCAUGCAGUGGCCAAGAAGCAGCUGGAGAAGGAGACGCUGAUGCGCGUGGACCUGGAGAACCGCUGUCAGAGCCUGCAGGAGGAGCUCGACUUCCGCAAGAGCGUCUUCGAGGAGGAGGUGCGGGAGACACGCCGGCAGCAUGAGCGGCACCUAGUGGAGGUGGACAGCGGCCGGCAGCAGGAGUACGACUUCAAGAUGGCACAGGCACUGGAGGAGCUGCGAAGCCAGCACGACGAGCAAGUGCGGCUCUACAAGCUGGAGCUGGAGCAGGCCUACCAGGCCAAGCUGGACAAUGCCAAGCUGUGCUCUGACCAGAAUGAUAAGGCCGCCAGCGCUGCCCGUGAGGAGCUGAAGGAGGCACGCAUGCGAGUUGAGUCCCUCAGCUACCAGCUCUCCAGCCUCCAGAAGCAGGUGAUUCGCGGGAGUCCCUGCCUGCCCCUGCCCCACAACCCAGCAGUCCUUCCUCCCGCCUGGGGCAGUAGAUGCAACCUUGAAGAAGCCAACAGGCUUCGGUGCCACCACCAGUCACCCUGUGCCCCUUUCCCCAGGCUGAAGCUUUCCCCCAGCCCAUCGUCACGGGUCACCAUCUCAAGGGCCACCUCGAGCAGCGGCAGCAGUGUGUCCAUGAUGGGACGCUCUGGCCGCAGCAAGCGGAAGCGGCUAGAGACAGAGGAGCCACCGGGCACAGGCUCCAGUGGCAUCAGCUUGGGCAGCGGCAGCAGCAGCAGCAGCAGCUUCCACCUGGCCCAGCAGGCCUCAGCCUCGGGCAGCGUUAGCAUUGAGGAGAUCGACCUGGAGGGCAAGUUUGUGCAGCUGAAGAACAGCUCCGACAAGGACCAGUCUCUGGGGAACUGGAGGAUCAAGAGGCAGGUGCUAGAAGGGGAGGAGAUUGCCUACAAGUUCACACCCAAGUAUGUGCUCCGGGCUGGCCAGACUGUCACGGUGUGGGCAGCUGGUGCAGGGGUGGCCCACAGCCCCCCAUCGACACUUGUGUGGAAGAGUCAGAACAGCUGGGGCACAGGCGAGAGCUUCCGGACUGUCCUGGUCAACGCCGAUGGGGAGGAAGUGGCCAUCAGAACGGUGAAACAGUCCUCGGUGGUGCGGGAGACCGAGAACGGGGAGGAGGGAGAAGAAGAGGGAGCCGAGUUUGGCGAGGAGGAUCUUUUCCAUCAGCAGGGGGACCCGAGGACCACCUCGAGAGGCUGCCGCGUGAUGUGAACGGAACACGCCUCAUCACAUCUUUCCCCAGAGCCACUGAAGACUAUUUUUAUAUCAUUGGCUUUCUUCAGUCCUUCACACAUUUCUAGAGCAUUUUUAAGCAAACUGCCAGAUGUGGGGUGGGUCUCUGUUCUGUUCUGUCAGUGGGUUUCUAUGGGCCCUCCCUCCAACCACUGUCCAGGUGUCUUUCGGUGCCCGUUUCCCGUGGGUUGAACUCCAGGCCUAGGAACCUACUGGCUGAUGGGUUUGGUCUUGGAGUCUGGAGGGGUCCACGUACUGCCCCUCCCUCCCCAGUCUAACGGGAUGGCAGAGUCAGUAGGUGUCCUUUGUGUUAUUAAGCUUUUAAAAACCAAAAUCAGAGUCCAGGUUCCUGCCUGGUGGGAUAGGGGUGUCCCCAGUGGGUUUGGUGGCUCUGCCCACCAGAACGUGGUGUGGGAGCUCUUGGGAGUCACAGGUCUUACUGUCCGCCUGGCUUCAGGGUUGUUGCAGCUCCUGCUCUGAAGGUGUUGGGUGGCAGCAGGGUUUUCCGCCCGUGUCAAUCCGGGCACGUUGGGUGGGGGCUCCUUGUUCCCAUGACGGCUGCCAAACCAGACCAGUAGGACAGGAGAGGAGGAAGCCUGGGGCAGGAGCACUUCCAACCCAAGACGCAACCAGGUCCAGUGAGGGCCCAGUGUGAGCCUCGGCAGCACACGCCUCAGGUUCUAGAACCAGGUCCACGUGUAACCACUUCGUGCCUCGUCACGAAGACACUGACUUCAGGGUGAGCCCCUGGAUGCCCCCCCACAUACACCUCGUGCCGGGGCUGAAUGCCAGCCUCCCGCCUCCUCAUAUAUAUAUAUAGGGUGACCCCAAAAAAUGUAUACACACACUUUGAAUAAUUAUAAAGGCAGUGUUUAUUAAAACACAUUUCAUUUUCAAAAUUGAGCUAUCAGCUAUUACAGUGUGUACAUUUUUUGUGGACGCACUGUAUUCUGCACAUAUAUCACUGUUCUUGCUUCUAUCUGUAACUCUUGCGGAAAUUAUGUUACUCAGGCCACUGCCAGCUGACCCCUUUAGGGUGGUUCCAUGUCACAGGCUAGCUUCUGGCUGCCCAGUGACCCUCUCUGCAUUAGCCUACCGUUUACAGCCCCCACCUAGAUACACAGAAGUUAUUUUUUUAAUGGAUAUUUAUUUUUUUACAUUGGUCAGUACUCAGAUUGCCGAUCCUGCUUCCAUGGCUCAGGCCAGUCAUGGGGACAGCCCCCAGGGAGCCUGUCCGUGAGCUCUGAGCCCGCAGAUGGCACACUUCUUCAGAAAGGGCAGCUCAAGUCUUACUUAAACACUCGCUACAAGCCAGGGUGGCGUGCUGCCUGGGCAGCAGUCUCAGAGCACCCAGUGGCUGGCCCUGCGGGUCCCCUGGCUGGGAGAAGCACACCUGCCCAUUUGCCCUGCGCACACCCCCAGGCCUGGCUUUCCUUGGGAAUUGCUGACAGUGAGGAGGGGUGGAGCCCCAGUGGCUGACAACCUAAAUGUGCUGUUGUGUUGAGUUCCCCCAUAGCCCUCGCUUUACAUCUGGGUCCUCCCCGUGGCCACCCUACGUUCCCAGGCAGAGGAGGGAAGGGUGUCACCAGGACUCACAGAAGGGUCUGGUGGGCCCCAGAGAACUUGCCCGCCUGGCAGUGCAGCACCCUGUACCCCACCCGAACCUCUCCUGGGAGUGCUUGCAGGGCUCCUGAGGCCGAAGGCUGUGUGCACCCCCCACCCCAGACAAAAGGGGCACUGACAUCCAGUGACAUUUUGGGGGAAUCUGGGAGAUCAAAACUGGGUCCUUGAAUUUGGGUCUGUGGUUUGCUAACCGUCGUUCUCAGUUACAAGCUCAUGGACAGAAAGGGAGAGCCCCCCCCCCAGUGCUUGGCAGAGGCCUUGGGUGGAGCUGGGAAGUGGUCCAGGCCACCAGGGGGGAGGGUCAUCUGGACCCGGGGGUGACACUCACCCGUAAUCAAGUGUUUGGAACCAUGGAGCAGAAAUCAGUGUGAAAUUGCUGCCAUGGCCUGGGAAACAGUGCACGUGUCCUUAAACAAGCUGAGCUUUAAGCCCCUUACAAUGAUGCAGAAGUGAGUCCUCCGUCUGAGCCCUUGUCAUGUGACUGAACCCAGCACUGGUCCCAGAGGAAAACCAGACCGGCCCCCAGCAGCGGCGAGGGGGCGGCCUGCAGGGAGGUGUCUGCGAGGGCACCGGUCCAGAGCCAGCCUGGGCGCCCACCCAGGAGUCAUCACUCAGCUAGUUUCCUAGCGGAGACUGACAGCGGCCCCUGCAGUUGUGUUCACAUUAGCAUACCCGCAGGGCUAACCUUCCCCAGCAGAGCUGCUCACCAGGUUUCCCAUCCAACCCGACACCUCAGCACAACUAGCAGUGGAGGAGGCUUCCAGAACUGUGGGGGGUGGGGGGGGGGUCUGCACUUUCAUUUCAGAUGUAUUGGUGGUUUUUAAGGUGCAUGCCAAAUGUGUGGUCUUUUUUUUUUCCCCUCCAAUGCUUUGUAAUAUACAUUUUCUGACUGGAAACGUUUUUGUACAACACUCCAAUAAACAUUUUGCUUUUAA